UUAUUGUUUUUACGUUACAUUAAAUCAGGAGGCGGCACGGUGGACGACUGGUUAAAGCGUCUGCCUCACAGUUCUGAGGACCGAGGUUCAAUCCUGUAUGGAGUUUGCAUGUUCUCCCCAUGCCUGCGUGGGUUUUCUCCGAGCGCUCCGGUUUCCUCCCCCAUCCAAAAAACAUGCGUGGUAGGUUAAUUGACAACUGUAAAUUGCCCGUAGGUGUGAUUGUGUGUGCGAAUGGAUGGAUGUUUGUAUUGUGCCCUGCGAUUGGCUGACAACCAGUUCAGGGUGUACCCCGGCUCCUGCCCGAUGAUAGCCGGGAAAGGUUCCAGCACACCCGCGACCCUAGUGAGGAGAAGCGGCUCAGAAAAUGGAUGGAUGGAUGGACAUUAAAUCAGGAAUAGGAGAGCUGAUCACCACUGCCUGUGAGCUGGGUGUGGCCCAUCCUCCCGGAUACCCGCUCUUCACGCUACUGUCUCGCCUGACAAUGUGUCUUCUGCCCACACUCUCACCAGCCCACAGUGUCAACCUAAUGAGCAGCCUGCUGGGGGCAGUGGCGUGUGGCACGCUCUGCAUGACUGUAUGCAGAUUGGUAGGUCCUGGUCCUGGAGCAGCACUGGCUGGAGGGGUCUUUGCCGUAUCCAGGCUGAGUUGGCAAUGGUCAGUGGUUGCGGAGGUUUUCACCCUCAACAACCUAUUCACUGGGCUGCUCUUCCUUUCUACUGCCAGCUUUCACUUGGCUAAGAAUGUAACUGAGAGGCGAAAGCUUUCACAAUGGGGGGCGCUUUGCUGCGGGCUGGGGCUCUGCAACCAGCAUACCCUGGUGCUGUAUGUACUUGCAGUCAUCCCGUGGGUCUUCCAUAGACUCCACUCACACAGGGAGCUGUCUCUGCGUAGCUUCAUGUCCAUGGGAAUAUGCUUCCUGCUGGGUUUUAUGCCCUACAUCUUCCUGCCUUUCUCCUCCUUCGUGAACUCAGCCCGUUGGAGCUGGGGGGACCAGACCACCAUGUCAGGCCUGCUAACCCACCUGCUCAGGGCUGAAUAUGGCACUUUCAGUCUGGCAAAGACGGAGAGCUCUGUGAACCUGACUGCAUUGCUUAAGGCCCAAUUGGACCACCUCCUGGCAGACCUUUCUCUUCCUAUUGUAGCUCUGGCGGGAUUAGGGCUGCUUCUCUCCUCAACAGAUAGAAUGUAUCGUUCUGUGUCCUGGCUAUUGACUUUCAUGCUGCUUAUAUACUCGUUUUUUUUUGCUUGGAGGGCUAACUUGGACAUCAGUAGACCUUUAAUGCUAGGAGUGGUUGAGCGUUUUUGGAUCCAAGGUGAUGCUGUUGUGUGUGUACUGGCUGGCCUUGGCUCCAGCCUGACCCUUACUGGACUGGAACGGAGUCUAGGCUACGGCGGGUUUUGGAAGACCAUAGCCUGGGUCCUCACCACUGUUCUACUGGCACAUAUGGUGCACACUAAUCACAGGGAAUGUGAUCAGAGCAGCAACAGCGUGGUGGAACGGUUCGGGAGGGAGCUUUUAGCUUCCUUCCCAGCAGACUCCAUCGUCCUGACCAGAGGAGAUCUGCCGGGAAACUCCCUCCGCUACCUGCAUUACUGUCUUGAUGUACGGCCCGAUGUGCGCCUGGUCGACCAGGAGAUGAUGACAUACAGUUGGUAUGUGGGAAAGCUGGGGCCUCACCUCCAUGGUGUGCACUUUCCCGGUCGCCAGUGGGACCCGGUCCACUCCAAGGAGAGAGACACCUUCAGUUUAGAGCGGUUUCUGAUCCACAACUCCAAGAAGGACGUGUUAGCCUGUAUUGGGCUGCCUGAUGGAGACCCAAGCUGGGGACGUAGCUUCUCCCGCUGGCCCUUUGGUGUGUGUGACUUCUUGGUGCCUGCUCAGAGGCAGUUUCACCCCAAAGAGUGGGCGAAACGCACAUACAACCUUUACAACUGGAGCGAGCCACACAAUCGUUUCCACUCUGCAUCGUGGGAGCGUGUGGCUAAUGAGGAGAUGUGGCAAGCCAGGAUGAAGAUGGCUUUCUUUCUAUUUGACCUGGCAGAGAGGAUGCAGGGAGAGGCCAAAUAUGACCUCUUUGAGCUGUCUUACACUCUGUAUAAAGCCCUUGUGGAGUCUUACUCCUCCUACCCUCCAAACUGGGACAAGAACCUGGCACUGGCCUGCGAGAGGCUGGUCCGCACAGGUCAUCAAGGCCACAGUCUAGACGGCCUGCUGAGCUGCAGCAUCCAGCAUUUUAGCCUCUACUUGGACAAGGAACCCGCAGAUCCGCAGGCGCCCGCCAUACGCUCAGCUGUUGCUCACCUGUUGAAAGAGAGAGACCAGCACCGGCAGAGCCUUAAGAAGACCACCUGACAGGUCCUGACACCCACAAGGUGUGAAGGUGACCUAAAAGCAGAGGGAGCAACAAGCUCCUUGUUACACGGGUUCGCCAGAAUGAAACACAAUUAUGUGAUUUAUUUCUUUUUUUCUUUUAUGAAGGUUUUGACUAAAUUGCCACGUUGGAUUAACUAAACCAACUAAACCAGAGUAGUGUGGUGAGAGAGCUGAACUGCAGUACAAGAAGCUUCGAAUGACCCCAAUCAAGUGUGCCCCCGUGGACUCCCACUUGAUUGCUUUAUCAUUACAUCUUCUGUGCCGUUCCCCCCUCCUCUUCUGCUCAUGGAGCUUUUAAUGUACUGAUUAUUUUUGCUUUGGCCCAUGCACCACUUCUCUUUUUUUCUCUCACAUUAGGACGACGAGAUUGAGGGAAACCCAAUUUCGGGGCAGAAAUGGGGGAUUAGAGCAGCUGUUUAAUCUAGGACAAACUCGCACUGUGCCACCCAGUCCCGCCGCUUGCCACCCAUCCCCCUGUCCAUCCAUCAGUCUAUCUUAGAUAGUCUUUUAAAUGUUUAAAACUAAUGGAUUCGAUUAGGUUCCCCCCCCCCCCCCCUCACUCUUCUGUCCUAACGGGAGGCCUGUAAUCCGUCAUGGAUUUAAAUGAAAUGUAAAAUGUCACAAUGCCAGAGACCCUUUUUAAAGAGUGUGUGCGCGCACAUGUCAGUUUGUUUUUAAAUAUUUACGCAUGUGUGUGUGGACGUGCAUAGAUCUCACCCAAAGUUCUUUCCGUGCCGGACACAUCCAGAAAUACGGUCGGUAAAUGGAUCAGCGCUCCCUCACUGAGAAGUUUUGCCAAGUCCAGACGCACAAUUGACAUGCAAGCUUCUGUAGAAAUGGACGUGCCUUUAUGGGCACUUGAACAUGCGAUUGAGGCUCAAGACGAAGGAUCCAGAUGUUGACCUCCCACUGGAGAGCUGAAUGCAGCUUUCUCUGAACAUAAUCUUGACAUUUUAAGAGGAGCAACGGCAGUCAGUUACGUUUUAUAAUUAAAAAUCUGUCUGACUUUACACAAUUUUUCACCUUUUUGUGUCCAGUCAUUUCUAUUUGUUUAAUAAAGAAAUGGGGAACACAGAAGACUUCCUGUCAUUGUUGCCCACUGCAUUCGUGACAUCACAAGUUAUGUUUGUGGUGUUUCUUGUCUUACGCCCUCUUUUUACUUGUCUCCCUUCUGCUGUCACCCUGUCCUCCUCCCCGACCCUCUCUUCUCCUCUCGCUGCCUCUUUCUCUGAGAGUCAGUUGCCCACCCUAAGUCAGCAAGCUGCCGAGGAUUGUGGGAACCCGUGGAAUUGGCGUGACCGAGGAUGCAGGCAGGGAGCCACGACGACGCUGGAAUGUGGGGCGUUUGAGGAGAUAAGAGCUCUGUGAGCUCA